AUGAAGUGUCCGGAAGGGCUUGACGAUUUGGGACGUCCAGUGUCUUGGAUAUUGGAUACAACAAACAAUUUUGAGUUCAUUAUGGAUAUUUUCACUUUGCAUUUAACCCAAUUGGAUGAUUUAAUGGCGGUGCCCACGAGGGACCUGCCUCGGGUGCAGCUGUGGCUGCGCCUGGGUCAUCAGCACGGGGAUGCCGCCAAUGUCUAUGUCCAGUGGCUGCUGCAUCGCUCCCAGGUGCCCUUGAUCGUUCUGGGCUACGAGGCGGAUCAGGACCAGUGGCUGGACGAUCGCUUUGGUCGGGAGAAUCUGGCUCUGGUCAUGACUCUGGCGGACCUCAUCUCGAACCGGGGUGCAGCCGGCCCCAGCCAGCGGGCCGGGGUCUUUCUCUACGUACUGGCCGAUCAGAGUGAGGGACUCACGGUGCGGGAGCAGGGCCAGCUGGAGGAGAGCUGUCGACAGCUGUGGACGCGCCACAAGAUCUACAACCGGUACAUCCUCUCGCUGGAAGGGAUCUGGAUAUACGAUCCCUUCCGGCGCAGUGGACAGGCCUUUGGUCGCCUGGUCCCCUACACGGGCCAUGAGCCGCUGUCCAAGUACCUCUUCCACGACAUGGGCGGCUAUCCGCUACGCGUGCAAAUGUUCAAGUCCGUCUACACCCGGCCGGAGGUGGACCCGAAUACGGGUUUACUGGUCAGUGUCACAGGCGUCGACUUCUCCGUGGCGCAGAUACUGCAGGAGAAACUCAACUUUACCCUGCUGCUGCAGCAGCCAGAUAAGAACUACUUUGGCGAACGCAGUGCAAAUGGCAGCUACAACGGAGCCAUCGGUUCGAUCAUCCAGGAUGGCUUGGACAUCUGCCUGACGGGAUUCUUCGUGAAGGACUACCUGGUGCAGCAGUACAUGGACUUCACGGUGGCCGUCUACGACGAUGAGCUGUGCAUCUACGUGCCCAAGGCGCAUCGCAUACCCCAGUCCAUACUGCCCAUCUUUGCGGUCGGCUACGACAUCUGGCUGGGCUUCAUCCUGUCCGCCUUUGGCUGUGGCUUGAUCUGGCUUCUGCUGCGCCUGAUCAACCUGCGCCUGGGGAUUGUCAAGCUGCGGGAUCGGCAGCUGUACAAGCAGGCGCUGGGCAUAAUGGUGGACACGUGGGUGGUGUGGGUGCGCGUGAAUCUGGCGAGGCUGCCCGCGAGCUAUGCGGAGCGGAUAUUCAUUGGAUCGCUGUGCCUGGUUAGCGUGAUCUUCGGGGCCAUAUUCGAGUCGAGCCUGGCCACGGUGUACAUCCAUCCGCUGUACUACAAGGACAUCAACACCAUGCAGGAGCUGGACGACAGUGGUCUGAAGGUGAUCUACAAGUACAGCUCCAUGGCGGAUGAUCUUUUCUUCAGCGAGACUUCGCCGCUCUUUGCCAGCCUCAACAAGAAGCUAACCUGGAACCGCGACCUGCAUGCGGACGUCAUUGACGAUGUGGCCCGGAACGGGGGCAAGGCCGGUGUCUCUCGCUAUACCUCCCUCAUGCUGGAGUCCUCCCACUUCAUGCUGCUGCGCCGUAUCUGGGUGGUGCCGGAGUGCCCCAAGUACUACACCAUCUCCUAUGUGAUGCCGCGCGACUCGCCCUGGGAGGACGCCAUCAAUGCCCUCCUUCUGCGCCUCCUCAACGCCGGCCUCAUCGUUAAGUGGAUCGCGGACGAGAAGUCCCGCGUCGACAUCCAGAUGCGCGCCCGCACCCUAGAGGCCAACGCUGAGGCCGACCUCGCGCGCGUCCUCACCAUCGGUGACCUCCAGUUGGCCUUCUAUGUCGUCCUCGGUGGCAACCUGCUUGCCCUUCUCGGCUUCCUGCUGGAGCACCUCUGGCGCAGAGUCUUCCAGGGGGUCGCCUCUCCACCUGUGGGCAAGUGA